AUGAAAGAUGCAACAUUAGCACCGAAGUUAUCUAACUUCGACUACAUAGUCAUCGGUGGAGGAACCGCCGGAUGUGCACUAGCCGCAACGCUAUCUCAAAACGCUACCAUUUUGGUUCUCGAACGCGGUGGGUCCCCUUACGAAAACUCGGCGGCCACAGACAUCGGAAACUUCGCAAACACACUCUUGAACACAACAUGGUCGCAGCUUUUCAUAUCCGAAGACGGCGUUUUCAACUCACGCGCGCGCGUGCUAGGCGGUGGCACGGUGCUAAACGCCGGGUUCUACUCGCGUGCCGAAGAAGAUUUCGUGGCGGAAUCCGGUUGGGAUAGAAACGAGGUCGAAGCGGCUUACGAGUGGGUCGAGAAGAAAGUGGUGUUCGAACCGGAGGUUAAGGGAUGGCAUUCGGCGUUUAGAGACGGGCUUUUGGAAGCUGGAGUGAGUCCGUACAAUGGUUUCACGUACGGACAUAUUCAUGGUACGAAAAUUGGCGGUACGAUAUUUGACAAGGAUGGUCGGAGACACACGGCGGCGAAUUUGUUGGAGUAUGCUAAUCAGAAUAUGAUUGUUGUCUACUUGCAUGCUUCUGUUCAUAAGAUCUUAUUAACUUCUGAAGGAAAUACAAGGCCUAAGGCAUAUGGGGUAAUAUUUCAGGAUGCAAAUGGAGUGUUCCACACAGCAGAAUUAGCGAUGCAAGACGUAAUGAAUGAGGUUAUCUUAUCAGCAGGGGCCAUCGCGAGCCCACAACUACUAAUGCUGAGUGGUGUGGGUCCUGCAGCCCAUCUUGCAACCCAUGGGGUGAAUCCGGUAAUCGAUCACCCCAUGGUAGGGCAAGGAAUGGGUGAUAACCCCAUGAAUCCUGUUUUCAUCCCUUCUCCUCAACCCGUAGAAGUGUCUCUUGUCCAGGCCGUUGGGAUCACUAAAUAUGGUAGUUACAUUGAAGGUGGAAGUGGGUUAAGUCUCUCGAUUAGUUUAACCCGUAGCUUCUUCGAUGGUGUUUUAAAUCUACUCAAGGAGACAAAACUUACCACCCAAUCCAUUUCAAACUUUCUCAAAUCUUCCGAUCUUCGAUUGAACGUGAUGACAAAAGCGGGUGUGAUUGUUCAGAAAGUGGCUGGGCCGCUUUCGAGUGGUCAUUUGAAGCUGCGGAACACAAAUCCAGAUGAUAACCCUUUAGUGACAUUCAACUACUACCAAGAGCUAGAAGAUUUGAACAAGUGUGUUGAAGGACUUAGUACAAUCAUUAAAGUGAUAGAUUCGAAGGGAUACUCUAAAUACAAGUACCCGGAAGCGAAUGCGCGUGGACUGCUAAAUCUCAUUCUUGCUCUUCCCAUUAAUUUGAGGCCAAGGCACAUAACCUCGACGUUCGAUUUGAAGCAGUAUUGUAAAGAUACCGUGAUGACUAUUUAUCAUUACCAUGGAGGUUGUCAAGUAGGAAAAGUGGUUGACAAUAAUUACAAAGUAUUAGGGAUAGAUGCUUUGAGGGUUAUCGAUGCAUCCACGUUUCUCAAGUCUCCGGGGACUAAUCCUCAAGCCACGAUCAUGAUGCUCGGAAGGUAUAUGGGGCAAAAGAUUCUUCGAGAGAGGGCGGCUUUUCUGGAAACUGAAGGAAAAAGCAUGGCAAUUUAA